AUCGUGCUGCAGAACAUGAGUUCAAGAUUAUGUUCAAUAGCAAAACAAAGAUUCAAAUUGAGCAGUGUGAUAGCAUUCCUAAAGUUGGUUUAACAUUGAAGGAUACAUCAGAAAUUCAGAGUACCAUGGGGGAGUCUGACUUCUUGCUUGAUGUGAUUGGUUUGGUUACUGCUGUUUCUGAUGAGCAACAGUUCUCAAAAUCUGGAAAUGUGACUAGAAGGAUUGAGUUGGAGAUCACUGAUCACAAGGGAAAGAUAAAGAUGGCUUUAUUUGGAAACUAUGUUGAUGUUGUUAAAGGGUUUCUUGCUGCUGGUGGAGUUGGACUUGCUGUGAUUGUUGUGCAGUUUGCCAAAGUUAAGACAUACCGAGGAGAAGUUGUUAUUCAAAAUGUUAUGCAUGCUACCAAGUUAUUGUGGAAAGCUGAGAUUCCAGAAGUUGCUGCCUUUCGUGAUGGUUUGUCCUUACAUGGUCUUGAUGCUGAUAUCCCUAUUGGCCAAAUUGGUGGUGGAUUCCACAACAUGCCUGCCAAUGAGGAGUUCAUUACAAUGUUUCCUAGGAAGAACAUUAUGGAGCUUCAUGACACAGCUGAGGAGGGUUUGUUUUUAGUCCUAGCAGAAAUUAGUGGCUUAGUUGAUGGUGAAAAGUGGUGGUACACUUCAUGUCGCUGCCGCAGAUCUGUUACUGUUGAGGAUGGAAUUUAUUUCUGUGCUGCUUGCUCCACUCAUGUUAUUGAUGUUACUCCUAGGUUUCGCAUAAAGAUUGAGGUUUGUGAUGGGGAUGAGGUUGCUUCCUUUGCAAUCUUUGACACUGAUUGUGAGAACAUUCUAAAGAAGAGUUGCAGGGAGUUAGUUCUAGGCUCAAAGGGAAAAUCUGUUGAAGAAUACCCUGAUGCAAUAAAGGCAUUGAUUGGGAAGGAAGCCAUUUUCAAAGUUGAAAAGUCAAGUGAUCAUGGUAUGAAGUAUGAUGAUUCAUACAAAGUGAAAAAGAUUUGUGAUGAUUUGUCCAUCAUUCAGCUUUUCAAGGACAAGACAAAGAUUCAAACACCAACUAUGCUCAUUACUCAUCCAUUUUCUUCCAAAACUGCAUCUGAUGACCAAGAAUCUCUGUUCAGUGAUAAAUCUAUUGGUUGUUCUAGCGAAUUUUCUGCAGUUCCUGACAGUACUCUCUCUCUUGAUGAUCUUUCACAAUUUACAGAGUCAUCAGUUACUUCUGCAGCUUCCAAAUUUGAAGAUGAUGGUGCAAGCAUUUCCAAACCUGGAAAGAGGAAGAGGUUGGUGCAAGUAAAGACUGAGAAGUGAAGCUGCUUAGUUAUUUAUUAUGGACAUCUUUAGACUUAUUUUGUGGCUGUGCUUUGAUGCAUAUCAGAUUAUAUUUUGUGUUUAUGACUAUUAUGAACUACUUAGACUAUGUUUGUUGACUAAUUAUCAUAGUCUACCAAUCAUUUCUGUGGUUGGGUAUUAUGUAAUAUGAGAAUAUGAGAUGUCCCUGUAUUUGAAUUCUGGAGUUCAUGUUGUGUAAUGUCCUAGACUCAAGUUGUUCUUAAGUUAUUAUAAUAU